UGUUAUGGUUCUCGUCAACAGUUCAAGUUGUAUUAUUUGUACAAUAAAUAUCUUCAAGUAUUUGGUAUUAAUUAACAUGGAUGAGGGUGAAAUUGUCACGCCCUACAUGAAACCGCUGGAACUGUUCAAAAACAAGGAAUUAGUUACAAUAUGUGCACCUAUGGUCCGUUACUCCAAACUGGCAUUUCGAUCACUUGUGAGGAAGUAUGGGUGUGAUCUCUGCUUCACUCCUAUGAUUAUAAGUGACUGCUUCAUACAGUCCAUUCGGGCCAGACAUAGUGAUUUCACUACAUGUAAAGAGGACCGCCCUUUAGUUGUGCAGUUUGCAGCAAGUAAAGGUGAAGAUUGGGCUCAAGCUACAAAAUUAGUUGCUCCCUAUUGCGAUGGUGUUGACCUAAACUGUGGGUGUCCGCAGCGUUGGGCCAUGGCCGAGGGCUACGGAGCCUGCCUCAUCCACAAACCUCACCUCGUGGCCGAUAUGAUACACCAGACCCGUAACACUGUCACCGAUCCCGACUUUACUGUGUCUAUCAAGAUCAGGCUCCACAAAGAUUAUAAACACACAGUAGACUUUGCAAGACAAAUGGAAGCUGCUGGGGCGUCCUUCAUCACUGUUCACGGGCGCACUCAGGAUCAGCGAGGUGACCCGGUGUGCCUGGAAGCUAUUGCAGAUAUCAAGAGUGCACUCCAGAUUCCAGUAGUUGCUAACGGUGAUGUCCGAUCUAUGGAUGAUGCUCACCGGAUACACCACGUUACAGGAGUUGAUGGUGUUAUGGCAGCAAGAGGAAUGCUCGAAAACCCAGCAAUGUACGCAGGCUAUAAAACUACACCUCAGGAAUGUGUCAAGGACUGGGUGAACAUUGCUCUCAAAACUGGAACUCAUUUCACUUGCUUUCAUCACCAUCUCAUCUACAUGUUGGAAAAGUCUUUAUCACGAGGGGAAAGGAAAUACUUCAACAUACUGGGAAGCACCUCGGGAGUGUUGACAUAUUUAACUGAAAAAUAUAAGAUGGAAUUUUCUCGUAGUUUUUAUAUAAACCUUAUUUCACGUGAAUGUAAUAUUAUAGGCUGGCAAACUGUGAUAAGAAUAGUAAUAAUAAUUUGGCAAAACAUGAUAAAAAUAUUAAUAAUAAUCUUAAUAAUAAUAUGUACUGUGGUUAUAAAAAUUCAUCAUAUCAGCCCAUCCUGUUUUAGAAAUUCAGCAAUAGGCGACAAUAUUCACAAAGAUGAGAAAUACGAGUUAACACAGGAAUGAUCUUGUACACAUUGGAAGUUUUUGAUUCAUCUUAAAAGUCGAGCACAUCAGCAUUACUUUGUUGUUAUCCCUUGCAACAAAAACUGGUAGGCAGGUGCUGUCCAUCUUUCUGUCUGUAGACCUCUGGCCUCACCACAGUAACUAAAGUUUUGUUGGAUGAUUACCAACAACUGAAAAGAAAGUGUG